ACAUAUACUCCGUAUAUAAAUGUACCCGGCGCCAGACACCGUAUCAAACAACACAACACUUUCUCCCAAUUUGAUUAGAGUGGGAAUAGAAUCACUAAUUAAUUAAUUGUGUGAUCAUCUUUCCGCCAAUACAAUCAGACAUGGCUCAGGCGAUCCAAAGCUCCACACCAAAACUCUUCUCCCCCUACCAGAUGGGGAGGUUCAAUCUUGCCCACAGGGUAGUGUUUGCACCGUGCACAAGGUGUAGAGCUGUGGACCACAUGCCACAAGAGGCACACAUAGAGUACUACUCCCAAAGGUCAACCCAGGGUGGACUUCUUAUUACCGAGGGAACCAUGAUUGAUCCUAAAUCUGCCGGGUAUCCAAAUGUGCCCGGGAUUUUUAACCAGGAGCAAGUGGAAGCGUGGAAAAAAGUGGUGAAUGCCGUCCAUGCUAAGGGUGCCCUUCUAUUUUGCCAGCUAUGGCACGUUGGUCGGGCUUCUCAUCAUGUAUAUCAACCCAAUGGAGGAGCACCGGUUUCAUCAACAGGAAAACAAAUUACAGAGAAAUGGCGCAUACUCAUGCCCGACGGUUCUUACGGCCCCUUCUCAAAGCCCCAAACUCUAUCAACUGAAGAGGUAUCAAAAUACGUCGACCUGUAUCGCGUUGCAGCAAUGAAUGCCAUGGAAGCCGGUUUCGAUGGGGUUGAAAUCCACUCCGCGCAUGGCUAUUUCAUCGAUCAGUUCCUGAAAGACGGGAUAAACGACCGGACCGACCAGUUCGGCGGGUCCCUCGAGAACCGGUGCCGUUUUCUGGUCCAGAUCGUCGAGGCCGUGUCUGGUGCCAUUGGCGCUGAAAGAGUGGCGGUGAGAAUCUCACCGGCCAUCGAUCACAUGGACGCCACGGACACUGAUCCCCUAGGCCUUGGCCUGGGAGUGGUUGAGAGGCUCAACCAGUUCCAGGCCAAGGCUGGGUGUAAGCUGGCCUACCUCCACGUCACGCACCCGCGGUUCGUGUCAAAAGAGGAAAGGAGUGACUCGACCAAGUUUGAGGCCAUCAUGAUGGGCUCUCUGAGGAAGGCUUAUGAGGGGACGUUCAUGGCGAGCGGCGGGUACACGAGGCAGCUAGGGAUUGAUGACGUUGAACAGGGGAAGGCGGACCUGGUGUCGUUUGGCCGGCAGUUCAUCGCUAAUCCGGACUUGGUGCGGCGGUUCAUGCUUGAUGCGCCGCUGAACAAGUAUGAUAGGUCCACCUUUUACACAUCGGAUCCUGUGGUGGGGUUUACUGAUUAUCCUUUCCUUUGUGGUGGUGGUGGUGGUGGGAGUGAAACGGCCUCUCUGUCUCUCACUGCAUGAUUUGUGGUUUUUGUAUGUGUGCUUCUAUUUGGUUGAAUAAUUUGGUUGGUUGGAA